AUGGCAGCAGCCGCCAAACAUCGAAGAAAUUGGAAGAAAUGGUCAGAGGGUACUUGGCACGCGGUGGUGGCCGCCGUCCGCUUGCACCUAGGCGUGCCAGCCGACGCGCCCCCGCCACAGGCCAGCGGGAUCCGCAUGGUAGACUGGCACGCCAUCGCGGAGCGGCUGGGCAACGGCCGCAGCGCCUACAGCAUCAAGUCGUACUACCGCAUGAGAGUGGACCCUGCCUACGUUGUGCCCGAGCGGCCGGCAGAGGUGAAGAAACACAAGCGGGGCGUCCUCAAGAAGAUGGCGCACGUCGCGAUGCGGCAGCUGGGCGGCCAGGCCACCUGCCCCGAAGUGAUCGAGUGUUGUCGGUCGGACCCUGCCGUCAGGCAGCAGUUCUGGGAGCACCUCAACCACCACGUGACGAAGGUACGAGGCACCAGGAAGGAGAUCGAGUCCUGGGAGGCAACGAUUUCCACGAACGCCGCAAAGUACUUCAGGGCGACCGGCCUGAAGAAGUGGAGACACGCCGUUUGGGGGAACCCCCCCAGUUUGCCAUGA